AUGUGUCUAGCAAAAAUAAAAGUGAUAGUGACGUACCGGCGCGGUCUGCCAGUCAUCACAGUGCCGCUGCCGUCGCGCCGUGAACUAUGCCGUUUCACACUUCGCCCCGUCUCACAGACAGUCGGAGACCUUCUUGAACAGGUGAAAGCCGAAGACCGUGGCGUGGAGCGAGCGGUGGCACUGGCAGCAGACGAACGCGUACGCAUCGCAGCUAGCGACACCAUUGAGUCGCUCCUAGAGACUGACUUUCGACUCAUUAUCAAUGACACAGAGUAUUAUGUCAAGUCACCGCCACAGGAACGUCUAAGCCAAGAAGAAGUGACAAGGCUUUCAGACGUCCGGAACUUGGUGAAUCAGUUGUAUGAAGCCUUGAACGUGCGUGAACACCAAAUACGUAAAGAACGUGAACUCCGGUCACAGUUGGAGAAGUUGGCUACUGAAUUACAACCACUGGAGGAGAAACGUAUGAACCUUGAAGCAGAGACAACUCGACGCACCUCAGCUCUCACGUGGGUAGGCCUCGGACUCAUGGGCGUGCAGUUUGGAGUGCUGGCCCGCCUGACCUGGUGGGAGUACUCUUGGGACAUCAUGGAGCCAGUCACUUAUUUCGUCACUUAUGGUACUGCAAUGGCACUUUACGCGUACUUCGUUUUAACUAAACAAGAGUACAUAUUGCCAGACGUGAAGGACAGACAGCAUCUGUUAAUGCUGCACAAGAGAGCGAAAAAGAUCGGCCUGGACAUUAACCAGUACAACUAUCUCAAGAACGAGAACUCUGCAUUACCGUUUUGUGGCAGAAUCCUGGUGCAAUAUGAAGUGCUAAAUAAUAGCCAUGUGAUAGUAAAAAGCAUCAUGACCAAAUUGGUACAAAUGUUAACAUUUAAGGCAAAAGGGUACCCUAAAGUGAAGUAUGAAGAAGACGUGCCAGGAACAGUAGCUAAAACGACAUCAAUUAACUGUGGAGGCAGUCAAGCUAUGUGUAUAGAUGUAAAUGUAUCGCCUCAAAUAUAUUCCAUAGAGAAUGCCUACGUAGUCUGCCGACAUUAUGCGAUAAGAAUAAUAGCUGAAUUACCCUUGCCACAUAGAAAUGCUGUACUCGAUGUUCCUGUCCAGAUUGGAAUAAUUGAUGAAAAUGUUCAUAGAUAUUGGUUAGAACGGACCAACGAAGGUGUUAGUUAUAGUGAUGCUCCUCCGUCAUAUUGGGAAGCUAUGGGAGAAGCGAAAAAGGAUGACGACGAUGGUACUGAUGAUGAACUUGACGAUAUCGCAAAGGUAGAAAAAGACCUAGGCCGACUUCGUGAUCCAUUACACAUCCAUCUGCCGUCGUGCGACAUUAAAAGUUGGGAUGACAAACGUUCCCCCCUUACGAAGAUUAAGGACAUGCUGGAGGAGACCAGCAAGAAAAUGAAAAUUACGUAA